CAUUCCUCCUCCCGAGCAUCAGGAUGAUUAUUUCGACACGCGUGAUAGUGAUGAUGAGACUUAUGAUCCAGCUGAUCCCGAUGAUGAUGAUUAUUUCUAAUAACUCAUGGUGGGCGGUAUGAGGAAGUUAACGUCGCUAUACAAAAAGGCGACGGGGAAAGCCACGGAUGCAGGUGACGGGUCCGGAAAGAGACCCCGGGGAAGACCUCCAGGAAGGCCGAGAGGCGGAGGCAGGGGUGGAGGAGGUGCUUCUAUACCUGCUGUUGAGGAGGAGACUGAGUCGCCUCUAGGUGCGGCUGAGUCUGAGUCUGACUCGCCUAUACCUAUGGCUGCGACUCAGUCUGGGGAUGAGGAGGAGCAGGUAGAGGAGGAGCAGGUUGACCAGGGGGGUAGCUCCAGCUCUACUUCUUCUCGUGUGUGGCUGCGUGGUCCUUCGAGCCUCCCGAGGCGACCGGUGCCAAUGGCUAGACGCCCGCUCAUUCGACCAGAUGGAGAGAAGAACUGGCUGAGGGUUGGAGAGGGUGACCACUCACGCCAUGUAAACGGCAUCCUUGGACUUUUGAUCAAGGAGAAGUUCCCUGGCAUGGUUACUUUGGGCGGAGUAAUCGAGCCGGCAUACACAUGGGCCCACUAUGCAGCCGCGCUGGACGCCCGUGACUGGGAGGGAAGGAUUACUAACACUUAA